GAAACCAUCUGGAACACAAGAUGAUUCGGUUUUAAGUGCCAAUUCCACAACUAUCUGUGUAUCUAAUUUGAAGAUCCACCAGCAAAGGGACCACAACAGGGAGGGAGAAUCAACACUUGUGCAAGGGGAACGAAAUUAUCAAUUGAUCAACACGCUGAUUUUUCAAAACCGACCGGAAUCAAUUGGCAGGUGGAAAAUGAUAAGUAUAUUACUUUUCAGUCUUUUUUGCCUGUUUCUGCAACCUGGCGAGGCUCAGUUUCCCCGAGCGUGUUGCACUGUGGAUGGGAUACUGUCCAAGCGUUGCUGCCCUGCUUUGGGCUCCGACCCUGCGAACGUAUGUGGCACCUUGACUGGGAGAGGAAACUGCACUCCCGUCCAGGUUGACACCAAACCGUGGGGGGGACCUUACAGGCUAAGAAACGUAGAUGACCGAGAGAGGUGGCCCACCAAAUUUUUUAACCAGACUUGCAGGUGUAGUGGCAACUUUGCUGGCUUCAAUUGUGGCCAGUGCAAAUUUGGCUGGACGGGCCCAAACUGCGACCAGAGGAAAACUCCUGUAAUUCGAAAGGACAUUCAUACACUGACCUCUGCAGAGGUUCAGCAGUUCUUGGAUGCGCUGCAAAUGGCUAAAACUACCAUCCAUCCAGAUUACAUGAUUGCCACUCAGCACUGGCUGGGACUCCUUGGACCGAAUGGGACUGAGCCCCAGUUUGCCAACAUCUCCAUCUACGACUUCUUCGUCUGGCAGCAUUACUACUCUGUCCGAGAUACCCUCCUUGGUCCUGGUCGUCCAUUCAAAGCCAUCGAUUUUUCUCACAAAGGGCCUGCAUUCACUACUUGGCAUAGGUACCACCUACUCAGCUUGGAAAGAGACAUUCAGCGGCUGACUGGCAAUGAGAACUUUGCAGUCCCGUACUGGAACUUUGCCACAGGACAAAAUGAUUGUGACGUGUGCACAGACGCUCUGCUAGGAGGCCGAAAUCCAGACAACCCCUCCCUCAUCAGUAACCAGUCUAGAUUCUCCAACUGGGGGGUGGUGUGUAACAGUUUGGAUGACUACAAUCGGCUUGUAACCCUUUGCAAUGGUACCAAUGAGGGUUUCAUUCAGAGAGGUAUGAUGAGAGGAGCAAAUAUGAUGAUGCCCACCAUGAGUGAUGUUCGCAGCUGCCUUGGUAUCCGGGACUUCGACAGCCCUCCUUACUUCACCAACUCUUCCUUUAGUUUUAGAAAUGCCCUGGAAGGCUACGAAAAACCAGAUGGUGAACUGGACGAAACGGUCAACAAUCUUCACAACCUGGUCCAUGCAUUGCUCAACGGAACCAGCUCGUUGCCUCAUUCUGCAGCCAAUGACCCCAUCUUCCUGGUUCUCCAUGCUUUCACGGAUGCCAUUUUUGAUGAGUGGAUGAAGAGGUUUGUCCCAUCCAAUGCCAGCUUCCCAGACGAAAUGGCACCCAUUGGUCACAACCGGAACUACAAUAUGGUUCCGUUCUUUCCUCCGAUUACAAAUGAAGAGAUCUACAUUACAUCAGAACAGCUGGGAUACUCCUACGCUGUUGCCUUUGAAGAGGCAGGAGGAUCAUCCGUAUUCGUAUUGGGGUCCACCCUUGGGGGAGUCUUCAUCGGAUUCCUAGUGCUCCUCCUUAUCUUUGUGCUCUACAUUCGCCAGCGCAGAAACACAGGCUUUGAACCUCUAAUAAAAGCAGACUUCACACAUAGGAAGUACACAGAAGAAGCUUAGAUUCUGAUCAGUUUGGAAAAGCACCGAGACUCUAAGGCAAUUGUUAUCAAGUCCUGCAUAAAACAAGAGAGAAAUAUUAAUUGUGUAGAUCAGGGUUUGGGAACCUACGCUCCGUGAGUCUUGCACAUGCCCAACAACAGAACUUUAUCCAGCCUACAAAACGGCUACAUCUGUAUCGGUUUUAAAAAGAACAAAUAAACCACCACACCACCAACACAUAACAACGGAACAGGGUUCCCCUCCCCUGCGGUAGAUCAGUGUUUUUCCAACUUUUCUGAACCAACCACCAAAUAUUACUCGAGAAAACAUAAUAGUGUACCAAAAUAAAAAGAAGUCACAAAAAUGUAAAAUGAUUUAAAAAACAUGUAAUCACAUUGAUUUACUAAAUUGGGCCUGUUUAUAAAACGGUGAUGUUAUUUUAAUGUACGAAUGGCAACAUGCGUUCAAUCUCAUUGGCUGCAAAUGAUGGUGAUAGACGACCAAUCCAUUAGGACUGGGAGGCCUGGCAGUGAUCAUUAAAUUUAUUUUUCCUAUUUUACUAACUACCACAACACAUACUCUGUGAAUACAAUAACAUAGACUUCACUAUCAGUUGAUGAGACAGCUCCUACAGACAUUGCGCUACAGCUUCCCGUACGGGGCCAGGCAGAGCGUCGGGUACGCUUUCACUGCACGUAAACUCAAACACACACUGCGUUCUAAAGUCAGAAACAGGAUGAAAGUUUUAGUGCAUACAAGCAGGCAGGAGUCUCUCACCAGUGAUUUGGUCGAGGAUUCAAAGUAAUUAUUAUAUAAAAUAGCACCAUGGAUGCACUUCGAAACGUUGUGAAAAAAAUUCAAUGAUAGGAAAAAAUUAGUGUAACUUUAGCUUGAAAUAGUUACGUAAAAUGAAAGAUAACUGCCCGUUUUUUUUUUUUUUUUUUUGCUUUUAACCAAGAAGCUAGACUGUUUUACGUUCAUAUCUAUAGAAAUUCUAGGAUUUAUGCAUUUAUUUACAAGAACUUUCAACUUAAAAAGCUCUUUGUUUUGUUAUGGUCGCCAUGUUGGAUUUUGUAUCCAUACACAAAAGUGUAGCUUUACAUUAAACAAAUCAGAUAAUUUUUUGCCAACUGAGUUUUUUUGCAAAAAAAAAAAAAAAAAAAAUAAUAGUAAUUUAGACAUUUCUGUGUCCAUACAUAAAAAUGGGCUUUUACGUGAUCAGUUUUUUGUAACAUUUCAGUCUAAAAACGACAAGGACGACCUGCUGAAGCAAAAUUGAAAUCGGAAUUCAACCCAAAUAAGUUGUGAUUGUAUAUAGAAAAAUGCAAAAUUUGCGUUACCAUACCAAACCAUACCAUCAUCUUCCGCUUGCUCCGAGGUCGGGUCGCGGAGGCAGCAGCUUUAGCAGGGAAGCCCAGACUCCCUCUCCCCAGCCACUUCAACCAGCUCCCAAGGCCUUCCCAGGCCAGCCGAGAGACAUAGUCUCCCCAGCGUGUUCUGGGUUGACCCCGGGGCCUCCCACUGGUGGGACAUGCCUGGAACACCUCGUCGGGGAGGCGUCCAGGAGGCAUCCGAACAAGGUGCCCAAGCCACCUCAGCUGGCUCCUCUCAACGCGGAGGAGUAGCAGCUCGACGCUGAGUCCCUCCCGGUUGACCAGGCUAUGCACCCUAUCUCUAAGGGAGAGCCCGGACACCCUGUGGAGAAAACUCGUCUCAGCCACUUGUAUCGGGGAUCUCGUUCUUUCGGUCACGACCCAUGGUGACCAUAGGUGAGGGUGGGAACGUAGAUCGACUGGUAAAUCGAGAGCUUUGCCUUUUGGCUCAGCUACUUCUUCACCACUACGGGCCAGUGCCGAGUCUGCAUUACUGCAGAUGCUGCACCGAUCUGCCUGUCGAUCUCACGCUCCCUCCUACCCUCACUCGUAAACAAGACCCCAAGAUACUUGAACUCCUCCACCUGGGGCAGGAUCUCAUCCCCGACCCGGAGAGGGCACUCCACCCUCUGCCGACUGAGGACCAUGGUCUCUGAUUUGGAGGUGCAGAUCUUCAUCCCAACUGCUUCACACUGGGGUGCGAACCGCUCCAGUGAGAGUUGGAGGUCAUGGCCUGAUGAAGCCAACAGCACCACAUCAUCUGAAAAAAAAGCAGGGAUGCAAUGCUGAAGUCGGACCACCUCAACGCUUUGGCUGCGCCUAGAAAUUCUGUCCAUAAAAAGUAUGAACAGAAUCGGUGACAAAGGGCAGCCUUGGUGGAGUCCAAUCCCAACUGGGAAUGAAUUCGACUUACUGCCGGCAAUGCGGACCAAACUCUGACGGGGCACACGGUCGAACGCCUUCUCCAGAUCCACAAAACACAUGUAGACUGGUUGGGCGAACUCCAGUGCACCCUCGAGGACCCUGCCGAGGGUGUAGAGCUGGUCCACUGUUCCACGGCCGGGACGAAAACCACACUGCUCCUCCUAAAUCUGAGAUUUGACUUCCCGACGGACCCUCCUCUCCAGCACCCCUGAAUAGACUUUACCGGGGAGGCUGAGGAGUGUGAUCCCUCUAUAAUGGGAACACACCCUCCUGUCCCCCUUCUUAAAAAGGGAGACCACCACCCCGGUCUGCCAAUCCAGAGGCACUGUUCCCGAUGUCCACGCGAUGUUGUAGAGGCGUGUCAGCCAAGACAGCCCCACAACAUCCAGAGCCUUUAGGGACUCCGGGCGGAUCUCAUCGACCCCCGGGGCCUUGCCACCGAGGAGCUUUCCAACCACCUCAGUGACUUCAACCCCAGAGAUCGUAGAGCCCACCUCGGAGUCCCCAGACUCUGCUCCCUCAAAGGAAGGCGUGCCGGUGGAAUUGAGGAGGUCUUCGAAGUAUUCUCCCUACCAACUCACGACAUCCUGAGUCGAGGUCAGCAGUACCCCAUCUUCGCUAUACACAGUGUUAAUGGUGCACUGCUUUCCUCUCCUCAGAUGCCGGUGUAGGUUCACUAUCCUCUUCCCCUCACUAUCCACUCGCGGGGCCUGCGCUUGACAGUGACGUUCCUUAUUCUCGCUAUAUGAUUGGCCGAAGAGUCGAAAUGCUCUCCCGUGAAAUGCCUGUUUAAAAAUGUUCCCGUUGUUACUUCUUGCAUUCACCUAAAAGUGCCCAUUUAAAAAGGAUAAGCGAUGAAUGAUACUACACACAGAGCGUAUUAUUAAAAAAUGUUAAAGUUGUAUAAAAGAGCAAACGUGUCCGCACACAUCUGUCUGUCUCGUGUUAGAGGCCAGUAAAUAUCGUGCCUGUCACAUAAAAUGAAAUACCGUACAUGCCAAUUACCAGACGUACUUACGUCAUUACGCUAGAGCUAUGGCAUAGUGAGCGGAAUAGGAUAGUGCGCCUACACCGUAUGGUGGACCAGAAUUUCCUCAAAGCCAUCCGGAAGUUGUUUUCCAUGGCCUCGCCAAACUACUCCAAUGUCCGAGUUUUUGCCUCGGCGACCGCCAAAGCCACAGUCCGCUUUGCUAGCCGGUACCUGUCAGCUGCCUCUGGAGUCCCACAGGCCAAAAAGGCCCGGUAGGCCUCCUUCUUCAGCUUGACGAGAUCCCUUUCCGCUGGUGUCCACCAGCUGGUUCGGGGAUUGCCGCCACGAAAGGCACCAACUACCUUACGGCCACAGCUCCGAUCGGCCGCCUCAACAAUGGAGGUGCGGAACAUCGCCCACUCGGACUCAAUGUCCCCCACCUCCCCCCGGGACAAGGGAGAAUUCGCUUUUGUUGAGUAAAAUUAAGAUGAUUCUGCAUGCUGUCCUCAAGUAUUCCUUUAAGUUUUUGAUGUGAAAAUUGAGUGAUUUAUUAGCUGUUGAAAACAUAUGUCAAAAUUGCACUAAAAAAAAAAAAGUCCUUAUUUUGGGCAAAAAAAUUCAAAUUGGGUAUUUGAUAUCUUAAAUAUUGCUAUUGAUCCUGAAAUACAGCUGAUUAUCUCUGCAUUUGGUGAUUUUUGUGCAUCUAGUGUAAAAUCUGAGACCCAUUUUAAGUUUUGUUAUGCAUAAAAAAUAAUUAAUCAGGAUUUUAUUAGGGAACGAUUUUGAAGUAUAUGCCUAAGGUUAGGUUUUGGUUUCAGGUCACCAGCAGCUUUGGUUUUGAAAAUAUUAGAAUUUUUAUGUUUUUGAAAAUAGGCCCCCUACGGAGCUGCCCCACGCCCCGUCAACUGAUAGUGAAGUCUAUGAAAAUAAAUAGACCUGGGCUGCAGUUAAUGAAUUAACUGGACCAACUACUAACAUUUAAUUGUUCUUCUUGUCAAAAUGUGUCGCUGGUAUGGCUAGAGGACCACCCAUACAUUACUGGAUUACCUCACACAAUGUUUAUUUUUUAUUAUUAUUAAUUAUUUCCACACACUGCAAUCACCAAAAAUAUAAACCUAUUGGAAUGUUUUUAGCAAAUAUUUAUUCUCCAGAACAGUACAAAAACACUGAAUGCAAUCCCCUUUAAUUGCAUUGUAAGGCAUAUUUGUCCACUUGCGAUUUCAUUUCAAUGUAAAUUCAUACAACAACAAUGCACUGAUGAGAAAUAAAAAAUACUGACUCAAAGCAUUUCCAUUUCUGGAUAUAUAUUCCCAACUGUCGUUUCAUUGCAAAAAUAUUCCCAUUAAAGGUUUGAU